AGGGACCGAGUAAGACAUUAGGGAGGCUGCUGGUGUUGCAGCAUUCAUUUAUUUCAUUUGAUUUAGAAAUCCGUACAUCUGUUAUUUAGUUUCAUUCCUUCACCACACUUGAUUGGUUGAAGCACAUCAUAAGCGAGGAAGCGGAGCGGUGUUUUUGGCUCCUCUGAAAACAAAAAGAGCAAAAUGCGGGGACUUCGGAACAACGAGCUGCCAGAAGACUUCUACAUACCUAUCCCUCUGGACACCAACAACAUCACAUCGCUGAGUCCGUUCCUGGUUCCUCAGGACCAUCUGGGGAGUGCCCUCACUUUUUACGGCAUGGCUGUUUUCAUGUUCUUUCUUUUUGUGACGGGAACGUUCAUCAAUGUCCUCACCAUUGCUUGCACCAUCCAGUACAAGAAGCUCAGGUCCCAUCUGAAUUACAUUCUGGUAAACUUGGCAGUAGCGAAUCUUAUUGUGUCAUGUGUGGGCUCUUCCACGGCGUUCUGCAGUUUUUCAUCAAGAUAUUUCAUCCUUGGAGCAUUGAUGUGCAAGAUUGAAGGUUUCAUGGUGACACUUGGGGGUAUGGUAAGCCUGUGGUCUCUUGCUGUGAUUGCCUUCGAACGAUGGCUGGUCAUUUGCAAGCCUCUGGGAAACUUUGUUUUUAAACCGGACCAUGCCAUAGCUUGCUGUGUGUUCACCUGGGUGUUUGCAGUAAUUGCCUCGGCCCCACCGCUUUUCGGAUGGAGUAGAUAUAUUCCAGAAGGCCUGCAAUGCUCCUGUGGGCCCGAUUGGUACACCGCAAAUAAUAAGUACAACAACGAAUCCUAUGUGAUGUUCCUCUUUGGCUUCUGCUUUGCUGUCCCCCUUGCUACCAUUAUCUUCUGCUAUGGUCAGCUGCUCAUUACAAUGAAAAUGGCAGCUAAAGCCCAGGCUGAGUCUGCCUCCACUCAGAAAGCAGAGAAGGAAGUGACCAGGAUGGUGGUCAUCAUGGUUUUUGGCUUCCUGGUGUGCUGGCUACCAUAUGCGAGCUUUUCUCUUUGGGUUGUCUUUAACCGCGGGCAAGUCUUUGACCUGCGAAUGGCCACCAUACCUUCUUGCUUUUCAAAAAGCUCCGCAGUCUACAACCCGAUCAUCUAUGUUGUCUUUAACAAGCAGUUCCGGUCAUGCAUGCUGCAGAUGAUGGGAAUGAGUAGUGGGGAUGACGACUCAUCAUCAUCGACAACAUCUUCAGUAACCGAAGUCUCCAAAGUUGCACCUGCCUAGACGGUGUUGAUAUUUAUGGCACUAAAGAGUCAUUCAAUUGUAAAUAACUAUAAAUGCAUGUUUUCGCAAGGUCCAAAAAAACUACAAAAAAAUUAAAGUAAUGUGCUUUUGCAACUUU